GCACGUUCAGCGUGACAUAGAUCGUUUUCGCGAACGUUAUCAUCGAUGGCGCGCGCAUGAGUGUGCGUGCGAAAACGAGUUGCUAAUCCAGCGCGCCGCAAAAUACCAGCAUGAAACGAACAGCCGGAUCGUCCUCUCUCUCGCUAUUUUGUCUUCGAGUAUGCCUCGUGAUCUACAUGCUUUCCAUCAUUUCUACGUUCAGCUUGGCCAAAGUUAGCAAACAUGAUCAGAGAAAAGCAAUAUACACGAGGAAGGAAAGACUCGACUCGAUUAAAAAUUCAAAAAAAUCGACCAUUUCUCCACAUCAGCAUAAAAAUAAUAAGAUUGACGGCAACCGAAAUUAUUCCAUGAAUAAAUCUGUGAUGAUUAGCGAUGAGAAAAAAAACAGCGCGGCUCUAAAUAGAUUUCUGGAAGAUGUUCUAAAUGCGCAGAACGAUUUACAAUGGAUAGAUCACGUCACGCGUCAUAUUAAUCAUCGAACACGCCUAAAUGAUCCGCUGGCGCAUACAAACCAGCACUCUACGGUAUCCAUCAACACGAGGAAUAUCCUGGAACGGGAUGAUAUUGGUUAUGGAAGUAGGUUACGCGGCAAGAGGGGUUUCGAUCGGAAUUAUGAAACGAUGUGGAUGCUGCAGAAGAAAUAUGGACGGAAGAGUACUCGCGAUGUACCUCAAAGAGUCUAUCUAGAUAAUGAUAUGACAUUUAAUGCUGAUAACGCUCUUUAUCAGUCCCAUGGCACUAGACAGAUAGAAAUUCAUUCCACUCUUGAGCGUAGGUUAGAUAGAGCUGUCUACGAAGAAGGAACGAUGGUCGAUCAGCCAUUGAAAGAUUGGACUGGAAAGAAGAAUUUCCAUUCCUCGCGCGACUGGUCGAAUUCUAAUGAGAAUCCCAAAGUGACUAACGGCAAAAGUACAUGGCUUCGAGAUUACGAAUCUCCUGAAAACCUCGUUAAUUCUGAUUCGAACAAAAACAAACAGUUACAUACUGAUCUGCGGGAUCAAUUCGAAGUAUCAUUGCACGAUCCGAUACAUGAUUUAACUGCUUCGCGGAGAUCUGUAGUUGCAAUCAGGAAUGGCAAAACUCGAAACGUAUCGUUAUCAUUGGAAUCUUUGAAGAGAACUGUGUUAGAAUUAAGAGAUAGUUUGAUGUUGGGCUAUAAAAGGAAAAAUAUAAUACCGAAAAGAGAAUCUAAUUGGUGGGAUGAGCCUAGAUCGACAGCUGAAAUGUACAAUUUUAGGGAAGAUCUUGACAACUAUCUUGAUGAAGAAACAAUGCGAAGGCUAAAAAGAGCAAAAAAUGUAGAUAAUAAAGAUGAAAAUGACUCAAAACUUUUUCCGGGAGUAGAGUUUGGAGAAACAUAUUUUGAAAAACGAAAUUCGAAAGAAUCACAUGAUCGCAGUAAACGCAGUAGAAGGAGUUUCGUCGUUGAUUCAAAUUACAUAAAUCAUCAAAAAGAUAUUCCUGAAAAUAACCCCUAUCGAAAAAUUGAAAUAAUUAAUAACGUUCUCGAAAAUAUAACUACAAUACGAAAUACUGCAGAAGUCGUUACCGAAUUAUAUUCUAGUCUGAGUAACGACGGAAAAAAUUCAAUGAACGCUUCAAACAAGAUGAAUAUUACCGAUUCGCAAAAUUCUUUAGAUAAAGGAUUUUUUUCAAAUAAUUAUUUCAAUAAUUUAACGAUUACCCCAUCAAAAGCUAACAAAACAAAUAUUUUUAAACUGAAAUAUUCUCCAAAUACAGAACUAUAUUUAAAUGAUCAUUUCUUUGUUAACAAAUCAUUAUUUGUCAUAAAUACGGACUUACAAACGCAUUUACCAAAACAUAUUACCAAAAAAGAAGUUCCUAACACAAGCUUGAAGAAAAUUGGCCAACGUUCCACAAUCAAGAGGAUAUUAAAAACUAUUGAUCAUACAGCGGAGAAUCCUACUAACUCUCCCGAUUUCGAAAAAAGCGCAUUCACUAAUUUGAUAGAUUUUUCAAUAAACGAUAGUGCCUAUGAUUCUGGGAAAUCCCUGAAAUAUCGAAGCGACGGAGAGAAAUUAGGAUUCGCGGCGCAGAAAAUAUCGCAACUCAGCAUAGAUGAUGAACAAUCGAAGGGCGUGGAAAAGGAGUUUCCCCAGGGAAAUAUGUCGCAUGGGUUCGGUAUCGGAACAAAUGAAUCAUGGAGCUGUGUCGUCACAACAACCGUAACCGCGAAAGAAAGAGAGAUUGAGGCAGACGGAACGCAAAACCGCGAGCCGAUACCCGGUGUCAUCAAAAUAUUUGAGCCUCGAGGGCGUCUAUAUCAAAAGCAGGAGGCAGAGACGACGACGAGAUUGUCUCGGCAAAUGGGAAAAGACGGUACGUCCGUGCCGAAGAUGAAGACGAACGAAGAUGAAGUCGACGAGUCAAGAAAUACAAAUGCAAGGGAAGACUCUUUGACUUCGCUGAUUGAUUCUGUCACUAAUACGACAAUGAAACCGGAAACCGCAUAUAUAAAUAUAUUUGAGACUGGUGAAUCGAUAAUACUGAAGGAUCUCACUUCGGUGACUGUAGACAACGAUUUGCGAAAGCAGCAACAGAUGGUUCCGCCUCUAAGUGUCGAGAAUAGCAACGCAAAUAAAUCGAAUGGAAAUUUGGAUACUGAUAAAAUCGAUAUUCGUGUUCUCGGGUCAAACGGAAAUGAGACUAUGAAUGUAAAGGAAGGUACUCGAACUAUAAUGGAAGCUCACGAAUAUCAUAAAUCCGAUAAUAAUUUACAGAGGAAAUUAUUAUGGGUUUCCACGAUUUCAGUCGAUGGCGAAACUGGAGAUUCAUCGAUAAAGAGCAUGGGAUCAGUUUUUAGUAUUGCGACUGAGAGUCAUAUUGACAAUGUGAGUGAGAAUCGACAGCAAAAUAAAAUAACCGAUUCUGCAAACUUCGGAAAAAUAUUGAUUAGAACUAAACGCGAAGAUGAAGCUGAAAAAAGUCGUAUGCAAGAUGCUUUAAAUUCUCAGAUUGCGGAAAUAAAUCGUAACGCUCGUUACAAACAAUCUGUAUACCCUUAUAAAAAUAUUGACACCAAUAAUGAAGCAGAGAAUACAGCAGUCGAGAAAGAAGCGCCGAUAAAUUACGAUGAAAGUAAUGAAGAAUAUCAAAAUCAGAAUGUCGAAGAACUUAAAGGGCUCUACAAUGAUAGACAAGAUGUACUUGAAGACGUAUUUACAGAUAAUGAUAAAGCAAUGGAAAGAAAUAAAGAGGAACAGUCUUCAUUUAGACAGCAAAUUGACCCUGUAAGAACUGAUAUGUUAAUUAAGCAAAAGCUUGAUAAGAAAAGGCACAAAGACAGUAGAAAUUAUAGAAGAAAAAGACAUAGUAUGUUGGAUAUGGUCGAGUAUUACGAUUAUGAUGAUAAUGAAGAGCAAAAACGCGAUGCUACAAUAAACGAGCAGGAAGCUGUAAAUAAAGAUAAUAAAUUUUCAAUUAAUGCAAAAAUAAAGCGCGCUGGCAAAUCAUCAUAUAAGUCAGGUGACUUAGGAAAGAAGAAGAAUGAACACGCCGAAGCGGUAAUGAAAGAAGAACUCAGAAAAGCAAAAGCAAAGUACAAAGAGCCAAAAGAAGAAAUUAUCGUUGAUCUUGGUAAGAAUAAGACUACGAAAAAAGAUCAAAGUGACAAAAAAACCCUCAGUUCGUUAGGAUCUAGUUUCGAGAACGUGUUCAAUGAGGAAAGACAAUUAUUGCCUAAAGAUAACUUGGAGAAAAUUCGCCAAAGCAAAGAUUUUGCGAAUAAUGUUUAUCACGAAGAGUCAGCUGCCGCGAAAUCGAAAUGGUUGGACCAACCGUUUGAGGAUAGAAGCGCAUCAUCGAAAAAGAAUUCAGAGUUAUUAUUAGAAGACAAUAAGAAAGAAACUUCGAAUGAACCUUUAAAAUACAUAUCCAUUGCAGAUGUAAAUACCAAUGUUGACAAAAAUAUUUUAUUGGAUAUUCAGCCUAUCAACAUUAUGGAUCAAAGUAAAGAAUUGGAAACGUCAAAAGAGUUCUAUGAAGAUUUUGGAAACGACCGAUCAGAAGAUUAUUAUUAUCAAGAGAACGAUUCAAAUAAUGUUGAGUUCCUGUAUGAAGAAUUAAAGAACUUGUACGAUUGGCCUGAUAGUGAAUUAAAGAGCAGACCUCGGCUCAGAGGCGAUCAAAGACUACGCUAUGAAUCAGAUGGUAUACUUGAUACAAAUCCCUCUCAAUUACAGCCAUUGAACGAUAGAUUCCUCAGCUCGAGUCAAAAUAAUAAAACACAAAAGAGAUUCCAGUCAAUUGAUGCAUCUUUGAUGAGUAACAUAGAGCAGAGUUCAACGGAGAAAAAUUUACCGAGUUCAUUUUCUGUCAGAACAACUGCCAAGUCAAAAGUAUCUAUAGUUUCAGAAGAUAAAAAUGUUCCGCUUUCCGAAGGACGGCCAGUAAUCGAUACAGAUUCCGAGACUUCGCAUGAAAAUACCAAGUACAUCGAGUCCAAAACACAUGAAUCACUGAAACGAAAUCUAAAUUUGGAGAAACAGUCGGCGAUUAGUUCACAAGACUUAUAUGAAUCUUUCGUAGAAUCACCAUAUUGGUAUGAUGAUUCCAAUGUAAAAGUCAGAUUGGGCAGAGAACUGAAAGCUACAAACGAUACAAUAAUUUCGGAUUUAUUAAACGCAGAAAAUGCAACUUCUUUGCAAACCUUUCAUGAUAAUUCAUCAAAAUCGCAAAAUUGGCACAAUAAUACAAUCACAAAUUCAUUUAAUAUUUUUAAUAAUAAUAAUAAUCAUAAUGUGCCUGAGCGAAAGAUUAAAAAUGUUCAAGAAUCGAUUUUAAUGAAUACGGUUAAUAUGGAUGGUGACGACCUCGAAGGUGCCGAACAAAAAUACGUAAAUAACCAAACAAGAAUUAGAAGAGCAGCUAUUUCGUAUCGCACGUUUUACGAUAACUUGAAUCAAAAUCAACACGAUUACGAUGAAAUGAGCAGAAAUCUAGGUAAUCAGUUUCAUUCUCCGAAUAUCGUCAAAAAUCAGUUCGAUGAACCGUAUGACGGAUAUCAGAUUGGAAACAGUGACACACAAAAUCGUGAUCAAUACUCGAAAAUUCCUCGAGCCAAUACUAGAAAGAAGAAAUCCGGAAAAGGGAAUAAAAAGAAUAAGCACUUCUCAAAAAAACACGCAGAGAAAAAUAGUUCGCACUCUUCCUCAAAUAGAAACAGAAAACAUCACAUACAACAGUCUGAUAUGUCGAACUGGGGUGAUUUAAAGCAGAAAAACAAAGCAGAAGUAUCUCCUUUGAUUAAACGCACUAAAGUUCAGAAGAGUAAAACGGCUGAGCAAGGACUACUUCGUGCAAGAAUGAACGAGGCACUGGGCGAAAAAGUGUUUUACGGGAAUCAAAGUACAGUGAAGCCGGAGGUGGAUGAUGUACGCAGAAAGGAAAUUACACUGCUCCUCGCAGCCGACAACAUCGACGACGAGUCGCAGAUGGACGUGGCUCUUCACGGCGAACUAGCUGGCAAAAUUGUCGAGCAAAUAUUCGAACAGGUCCAAAAAAAUGAUCGAUUGAAGAGUGUUCUUGGUCCUGGACUUCAGCGCGAUCGCAAAACGGAAGAUGUGAUAAGGGGUAACAUUUAUCAACAAGGACUCGACAAAGAUGGAACGAAUCACACGGAAACGAUGAAGAAAGUUAUGGGACUCCUUGAUACGCUAAUCCUAAAUGAAGUGCAAAAGAAAACUUGCGUUACUUUAUCGCCAGAUAUGCGAGAAUUUUUAGGCUGGAUGCUGGAGAUGGAUCAAGAGAAAGAAUUGUUGCAAGAGGAAGAAGCACCACCGCUGCCAUUGGUCCGUGAGAAAAUUAUUCCAGAGCAAGACACAGGACGCAAAUUCCUGUUUGACAGCACCGUCGAGCAAAAGGGAGAAGGAAAUAUUAAUGAUCUACAGACAAGAGUGAAAAUAUUGGAAACUCUUGUGAAGGAAUAUAACGCCCUGCCUGCAGAAGAGAAAACGAAGGUUCAAGCAGCCCACGACUAUUUGAUUCAGCAGUUAAACCUACUUUUGCAACACAUCGAAGCGCGAGAAACUGCAGAAACAAGAGGAAAGCCUACAUCAAUGUUUGGCGCAGCUAGAGGUAGAACCGGAAAUGUCUUGCAAUAUAAAAGCGCAGUGCCUAAUACCAUUAAUGCAAACCAUUCAAUGACAAAAGACGCAUUCUCUUUGCCAAUCGAUUCGCAUAAUCUUAUCCGGUUCAACAAUUCAUUUGAAACAAUAGAUAAACAGCUCCACGAUAGUCACGUUGCAUUUGGUCGCAGAGAAACGCGCAGCAUCGAUAACAUUCCAUCGAAACGACGGCGACGUCGCAAAACGAAACGCCAGAGGUUCCGCAAUCAAAAGAAAAAGAAAAAUCAUAGACAGUCAAGGCAGAAACACAAUGAGCAUCAUAGACGCCUAGAUCACGUAGGAUCAUCCCUAGGAUACAAGAAGUCGCGACAAAAACGCGCAAAUCCCGAAGAAAAAAACGAUCAGGUUUCACUUUAUUAUUUAAGUUACGAGAAGCCAAAAAUUUACGAUUCGUUCGAUCUCCUCGAUGCGAAGUUGAAAAGGAAGAGAAAAAAGAGGAAAUUAAUCGGUAAGAAAAACGCGACAAUCAAGACUGACAGAAUACUCGAUUUGUUACCAAUAAAAGGCAAGAAUCGCAUGGAGGACGAAGUGAUACUGCUCAACAAGCGAGAAGGGAAAAAGGAGAACGAAGAACAGCUGGAAGAGGUUGCCUUCGGCAAAGACAUGAGGAAUAGCACAAAGAAGGAGAGAGAACGAUUCGAGAAAUUGACGGAAGGAGAUAAACAUAAACCUCCUUCGAUCAAUGAAACGAGUUUCAGAAUGAAGCGAGAGGACAUAAUUCGCAAGACAUUAACCGGCGAGAGUACAGACCGUUCCAAUAAAUCUCAUGCAGCAUUCAAAAUUCGUGAUGGCGAAUCAUGGAAUAAUUCGGAAAUAAAUAAUGUUAAUGGCGUAAAAAAUAAGAAUAAACUGGAGUUGGUUGAGCGGAGAAUCAAUGUUUUCGCGAACAACAAAACCGAUGCGGCAAUUGAUUCCGCGGCUACAGAAGUCAGCGCGGAAGAAAAGUUAGCGACAAAUGGGGGAGCCAAUAAUCAGAUUAAGGGAAAACUUCGUGCUAUAAACCGUGAGACAAAAAUUGACAAGGCGAACGGAAGUACGAGCUUCGUAAACUUGACGAGGAACGCGAAGCCUCGGGUCUCGGAGGAGCGACAGAAAGUUUCAGUAACGGAAAAAGAAGCAGAUGAUAACGCUGUAAAAUUAAAUCGUGCGACAAACUAUCGACGUGAGGAAAUAGAUCCUGAAAUCGAGUUGAAAAAUCUGAGACAGGGAAGAGAGAAAAAAAUUUAUGACGUCGCAAACUGGAAGACUGGCAACUACUUUUACGAUGAUGAUAAUCUUUCUAGAAAUAAAUUAAGGGAAAAAUAUAUGGCUAAGUUAGACGAACUGGGUGACCUGGAUACGGAUCCCGAGAAUAAUUUUGUACUUCUGAGAUUAAGAAAUAAUAAAUGGUUGAAUGACGUCGAAUGGAAGCUGUUGCCGAUAAUAAAACAAUCUCCGUACGACGAUUAUGCCUUACCAAGAAUUCGUUUAAUAGAAAAAGAAACACCUGUAUCAAGCGACAUUAAAGACGUGCAACCUCAAUCCAACUCUUAUUUAAUUGGCCCAAAAUUUUGGCAACGGAAACAUCGCAAAAGAAACAGUGUCUUUGAUAUCUCACCUAUAUUUAAAAUAACCGACAGUGAUCAUUUUCCGCGCAAAAUUCGUCGGAAAGCGAAACGAGCGUCUGAGAUAGCGAGAUUCAAGGAUUUACAGGUAGAUCCCAAAAUUAUUCUUAAAAUUCAAAGAUUAUCUCGGCCAUGGAACAACAAAAGGUCGAACGGCGUUGCAGAAUUUCGAAUGCCUUUCGUAUUGAAAAAUCCUAAUCGCGAGUUCCGCGAAAUAUUUCGCUCUCGCAAUCAUCCAGAGCCGAUCGACGAUCGAGUAAUCUACGAUGCAGUCGGUCUGCAAUUACCGGUUUGGCCGUAUCAGUAUUACGACGAUUUUACGGAUUCAUCGACCUUUCACUUCGUCCCGGAUAUUCAUGGGAGAAGCAACGAGGUAUAUCAAUAUCCCGCGGAAACGUAUUUCGAAUAUGGCCCCUUUAAAAAACAUCGCGCUCACGAUGCGAACUGGCGAUUUGCGAGGCGAAAUACAUUCCGCUCGGAAGGAGAAGAUACCAAUAAUUUUCCGACGAAUAAUUUAACAAACAAGAGCUUGAAGUCCAGAUUUUCACAAAGAAAGUUUCGCGUGGAAUCGGCCACAGCGGCUCUCGCGAACGGUGAAGAUUAUUUCGUGUCCGGAGAGACAAAAUACACAGGAAAGAAUGCGAGGAAAAUUGAAGAUAAAACGAAAACAGAAUUGACAGAAUAGGCGAGAUCUUCAAUUGAUGGGCAAUGAAGGAAUUUAGUUGCUCAACAUAGAUAAUAAUUAUUUCUAUAUUUAAUGAAGAUGUAAUAUAAGGAAAAUAGAUUAAGAAAUGCCGUGAAUUAAUGUAACACGAGAAGAAAGGACGUCGCAUUGUAUUGCGUUCCAUUUUCAGGUCAAAUCGCGACGUGAUAAUUGUCAACGGGCGUCUAAAUAAUUUCAUCGGAUAAAUCGGAUAAAUCAUCGAUGCGCGAUUAUCGUAAUUGACACAUUCGCCCUAUCUAUGCACCAGACAAGCCUGUGAAACCUCGUAAAUCGUCCUAGCUCGUCGGGAUGAACCUAGCGUCGUCGCGUGUUUGCACACACUGUCCACUAAUCCAUCGCUGCAGUGCAGUUAAUGGCGUUGCCUUGCACUAAUUAGAUUAAUAGAUCGCGUCAAAAGUUAAGAGACUUCGACAUGUCGACGUCUUAAUCCAGAAUUAAAUUGCAUCCAUUAUACGUAAUGUAAAUUUAUCGAAUAUUUUUAAAAAGAAGAAUAUUAAAAAGAAAA